AUGGAGAAGUUUACUAAUUGGAGAGACAAGGGGACUGGAAUUGGACCAUUUUUGCCACCACGUAGUCCGAAAGGUGGGAGCAUAAUGAUGGAUUAUGUGUUCAUAGUGUAUGGGAUAAUUAAGAGUGUGUUGUUAUUACCCUUGGUGUUAGGUAAUCUUGUUGUAGAUUCCAUAUACAUGUGGGAAAUAAUACUGAGUGUUCUGUUUGGAAGUGGAUGUAAGAUUGAUUUGAUGGUAGAUGGGAGAAAAUUGAAGAGACAGAAUGAACAGAAGGGUAACAUUUUAAGUAAAGGUGUGAUAUACAUGGUAAAUUUUACAUCAAUUAUUGAUGCUAUGAUUUUGAAAAUGAUUUGUGGUGGGCAAAAUUUUAGAAUUUUGGUACCUAAUGAAAACGGUAAGUUUUUCCAAUUGGGUUUGAUAGGACUUGUUAAAUUUACUAAGAAUGGUUCAUUAGACGUUGAAAGAUACGGUAAUGAAAUUUCGAAUAUUGAAAAAGAAUUAGACAAAUACAUAUGGUUUAUGUUCCCUGAGGGGACCACAUCGAAUGGUAAGAGUGUCUUACCAUUUGUGGUAACGAGUGCAAACUUAAACGAAGUUAUCUAUGGCGAUGAUGAGAUGAAACCAGUCAAGGUUUCUAGUAUUAGAAUCAAAGUUAAUCAGUCAUUGACGACGCCAUUGAGAGUGUCUCUAUGGAGUUUGAUCAAAAAUUUAUUUACGAAGAAGAUUAGUGUCAAAUGUAACGUUCAUAAAGUGGUUAUAUUGGAUAGAGAUGGCGUUAGUCUUGAUACAAUAAGAGUCCAGUUGAACGGCGAAGACAGUUUUAAAUUGGUGUCAAAAUCUUUAAACAUUGACUCCAAAAGAAGAUUUGUCGAAGAGUAUUUCCGGAAGUAG